UCACGUUCAACAACGUUCGCGUGACCCGAACCACCUGAGCCGAGCCUAGCCAAGCCGACCCAAGCCGAGCCGAAAGGUACCACCGGUCCGGCUCCAGGCUGCGAGCCGCUCCGGGUUUUGGGAGCCCUCCCGCCGCAGUGGGAGGAAGUUGAGCCACAAGGCAGCUGAGCCACCGUGUUAACGACAAGAGAAAAACACGGAGACGAGAGGCGACCACGGGACACGCACACUACCGGAGCCGGGGAACGGACACCUCGAAAGAACACAGGAGAGAGGACGGAGUCUCCCGGCACUCGCUCGGAGGGACGCCGAGCUGCUCACAAGCGGACGGAAGCUCCUCCAGCUCGGCUCGCCUGGUAGGAAGGAGUCGCCCGCAGCUGGCUGAGCACGAAGACCCGCCACCCCCCGCCUGUUUGUGGAGCCAGACACCGGUGCCUCGGUGCGGGACACUUCCACGCCGCCUCCGCCGGUUGUACCGUUCCUCCCCAUCGUCUGCUGCUUUAGUUUGUCCGCCAUUUGACUUAAAAGUUCCAAGUGUUUCUGGCGCCCCCUCCCCCUCCUCCAGCGUCACUGGCAGUCCCCAGGCAGCCCUCCGCGCUGGCUGCCCCGGCGACGCGACGAGGCUCCCUUAACACUUGGCCUGGAAGCUGCGGGGACAUUUUCAGGAGACUAUUGGGGACACUGGAUGCUUUUUGUGGAGGAACGUAGCCUGACUCGAAGCUGCCGGAUAGCAGCGCAGCUCGCCCGCUAGCGUGUUAGCUCCGUAGCUAGCUACAUGCUAACUAGCAAAGCAAACAUCGACGGUAGCUUCUGACGUGAUCGAGCGUUGCAGGCAGCAGCCUGAGGGACAUAGUCUCUGGUAGUCUUCAGUCCGGGACCAGACCAGACGACGUUGCGGGCCGGGGCAGGCGGACCUUGGUGCGGGCUGUGUGGAACGCAAAGGAGGCGCGCUAGCUUGUGUUUGCUGACUGGAAGACAUUUGCAUUGCUCGCACACAAGAAGACACUUUUCAAGCACGCAGCUGGAGGAUUAGUCCACCUGUCCUCCGCCAUCCUCCCUCCUCACGCCAACACAGCCCGUGUGGACAGACCAACGUGGACAUUGUCUCGGGGGACGGAUGCAGGCCGUCCAUCCCGUGCGUUUGACGGCAGCGUGCACGGAGAAGCCGUUGUCUUAAAUGGGAUCGAAAUAAAAAGGAAGCAUUGACUCUUUGAUUGGCAACUACUUCUCCUCCGAACCGACGAUGACACUCUGAGGACACAGUCGACGGCCAGGACACCCACCCUCCCCGUCCCCUUACACCGCCCCGGGACGUUGAUGGUGGUCUCAUCUGGUGGAGGACCUCUGUGUUUUUGAAGCUCCACGCGAAAGUCUGCCGAGAAAGAUGGCGGACCUGGAGGCAGUGUUGGCUGAUGUCAGCUACUUGAUGGCGAUGGAGAAGAGCAAGUCCACUCCUGCAGCACGAGCCAGCAAGAAGAUCAUCCUGCCCGAGCCCAGCAUCCGCAGCGUGAUGCAGAAGUACUUGGAGGAGCGUGACGAGCUCACCUUCGACAAGAUUUUCAACCAGAAGAUCGGCUUCCUGCUCUUCAAGGACUUCUGCUUGAAUGAGAUCGACGAGGCCGUGCCGCAGCUCAAGUUCUACGAAGAAAUCAAAGACUACGAGAAGCUGGACUCUGAGGAGGAGCGGCUGAGUCGCAGUCGGCAGAUCUACGACGGCUACAUCAUGAAGGAGCUGCUGUCCUGCUCGCAUCUGUUCUCCAAGAAAGCAGUGGACCACGUGCAGAGUCAUCUGGCCAAGAAGCUGGUGCCCCCCAGCCUCUUCCAGCCCUACAUCCUGGAGAUCUGCGACAGCCUGAGAGGGAAGAUCUUCCUCAAGUUCAUCGAGAGCGACAAGUUCACUCGCUUCUGCCAGUGGAAGAAUGUGGAGCUCAACAUUCACCUGACCAUGAACGACUUCAGCGUGCACCGCAUCAUCGGCCGCGGCGGCUUCGGCGAGGUUUACGGCUGCAGGAAGGCUGACACGGGCAAGAUGUACGCCAUGAAGUGUCUGGACAAGAAGAGGAUCAAGAUGAAGCAGGGCGAGACACUGGCGCUCAACGAGAGGAUCAUGCUGUCGCUCGUCAGCACGGGGGACUGCCCCUUCAUCGUGUGCAUGACCUACGCCUUCCACACCCCCGACAAGCUCUGCUUCAUCCUGGACCUCAUGAACGGUGGUGACCUGCACUACCACCUGUCCCAGCACGGCGUUUUCAGUGAGAAGGAAAUGCGCUUCUACGCUGCAGAGAUCAUCCUGGGCCUGGAACACAUGCACAACCGCUUUGUGGUAUACCGAGACCUCAAGCCGGCGAACAUCCUGUUGGACGAGCACGGUCACGUUCGGAUCUCCGACCUGGGCCUGGCUUGCGACUUCUCCAAGAAGAAACCUCAUGCCAGCGUGGGUACCCAUGGGUACAUGGCUCCAGAGGUGCUCCAGAAGGGGACAGCGUACGACAGCAGCGCUGACUGGUUCUCCUUGGGAUGCAUGCUUUUCAAGCUCCUCCGAGGGCACAGCCCCUUCCGACAGCACAAGACCAAAGACAAACACGAGAUUGACAGGAUGACACUCACCAUGAACGUGGAGCUGCCCGACUCCUUCACAGCAGAACUCAAAGAACUUCUGGAAGGUCUCCUGCAGCGUGACGUGUCCAAGAGGCUGGGCUGCCAGGGCAGAGGAGCCUCGGAGGUCAAGGAGCAUCCUUUCUUCAAGGGCAUGGACUGGCAGCAGGUGUACCUGCAGAAGUACUCGCCACCCUUAAUCCCGCCCAGAGGGGAGGUCAAUGCCGCCGACGCCUUCGACAUCGGCUCCUUUGACGAGGAAGACACCAAGGGCAUCAAGCUGCUGGACAGCGACCAGGAGCUCUACAAGAACUUCCCCCUGGUCAUCUCAGAGCGCUGGCAGCAGGAAGUGGCGGAGACCGUCUACGAGGCCGUCAACUCCGACACGGACAAGAACGAAGCUCGCAAGAGAGCCAAGAACAAGCAGCUGGGCCACGAGGAAGACUACGCCUUGGGCAAGGAUUGCAUCAUGCACGGAUACAUGCUGAAACUGGGCAACCCCUUCCUCACCCAAUGGCAGCGACGCUACUUCUACCUCUUCCCCAACAGGGUGGAGUGGAGGGGGGAGGGGGAGUCACGGCAAAACCUGCUGACGAUGGAACAGAUCGUAUCUGUGGAGGAAACGCAGAUUAAAGAUAAGAAGUGCAUCCUGCUGCGCAUCAAAGGAGGGAAGCAGUUUGUGCUGCAGUGCGAGAGCGAUCCAGAGCUGGUGCAGUGGAAGAAGGAGCUGACCGAUGCAUUCACUGAAGCUCAGAAAUUACUGCGCCGUGCUCCCAAGGUCAUCGGGAAGAGUCGCAGCGGCGUGGUCGAGCUCUCCAAACCCCCCCUCACACACCGCAACAGCAAUGGCCUGUGAACACAUGCGCACGCACGCACACACACACACACACACAAACAAACACACACACACACACACACACACUGACCAAUUCUACUUUUUUCGGCCAUGGGACCUUGCCAGUCGUGGACAGGAAGCAGCAUGUGACCUGCAUGAACCUUGAGGGGGAGCGUGGGGGGCGUGUCCUCUCUCAGCCCUACAAAUCCCACCCGAGGGAUGAGUGGGGCGCUGUAAGGACUCAAAGCCUUCCCCUUGUGAGCAAUGAGUGAUUACCCCCACCCCCACACACAGCGUGUAACGGACGUGCUAACGUGCCAACAUCCUCCGUGAAUAUUCCGCAGCAGGAAGUGAACGGACCGCAGACUCUUCUGAUUGGCCAAUCGCCGUAGAGACUGACAUUCCAUUGGCUGACCAGCAGCAGACAGUCGCUAUGGCAACCAGCGGACUCAAAGUGGGGGAGGGGCGUGUGUAUAUAUUGUUUGUGUUUUAGUGUUUGCAUCAUGGUGGGGGGGCAGAAAGUCAGUCAGUCAGCCACCAUGGCAACACCACCAUGGGUUGGGAGGGGGGGCGUUAGCAUGUUAGCUAGGUGUUUGUCUCCUGCGUGACGAGGACGCAGCCUGUUCUCCAACAUUCCGCCACGCCACGAAGGAGAGGCGGCCUGAUUAGCGUUAGCGUGCUUCUUUGUUUUGUUCGCAAGCCUUCCGCGGUGGGCGUGGUCUCUUCGGAGAAAAGUCGUCACCUUUCAAGGUGUCUUUUAUUUUUUUAUUCUGUUCUUUGACGUGGUUCCUCGCACCUUUUUAGCGCCAUGUGUUACUCGCUAGUCUCAAUGUGCCAAACAACUGUUGCCGAGGGGGCGGAGCCUGCGCAAGCCUUACUUGGGACCGUGUGACCCCGCCCCCCCCGCCGUCUCUCUGAAGGGAAGAAAACUGUGAGUCUCUUCUGCCAGGACACGUGCACGCUCGCCAUGAAGUAUCUAUGAGAAAUAUAUGUGUAUAAGAACACAAAAGCUUUAGGUUUAUUUAAAAGAUAGAAAAAAUAAAGUUUGGGGAUUUUAAUGUGAUUUCUUUCAAAUGUUUGUGGUGAACAAUCUUGCACAUAAAGACUUGGAAAAAAAACAUUUCUUUGGAUCUAUAAUUU